UGUUAAGUAUUUAUUAGCUCUUCACCUGUAUUUGGAAUCAAUAUAUCAAUCAUCUACCUCUUUGAUUGAACCCUAGCUCUCACUCUCUCUUUCUCUCUCUAAAAAAAAGCAUAAAAGUUUCAAUUUUUCAGGUAAUUUGGUGAGGCGAACCCAGAAUUUGGAGCUUCAAUCAGUGGGGAGUAUAGAAGGUAUAGAAGUAGUGAUCAUAGUCAAUCAGCGGGUGCAAGUGCAAGCGAGAAGUUAAAAAAGCCUAACUUAGCUUUGGAUUCUCCAAAAGGGAAUCUUGCUCAAAAUGGAUCAACAUGGAAAUGGACAGCCUCCAGGUAUUGGAGUCGUUACUAGCUCAGCUCCAAUAUAUGGUGCUCCAUACCAAGCUAACCAAAUGGCAGGGCCCUCUCCUCCUGCAGUUUCAGCUGGUGCAAUUCAAUCUCCUCAAGCAGCUGGUCUUUCUGCUUCGUCAGCCCAGAUGGCGCAACAUCAGCUCGCUUAUCAGCACAUUCAUCAGCAGCAGCAACAACAAUUGCAGCAACAACUCCAGACUUUCUGGGCAAAUCAAUAUCAAGAAAUCGAGCAUGUUACUGAUUUCAAGAAUCAUAGCUUGCCAUUGGCAAGGAUCAAGAAAAUCAUGAAAGCGGAUGAAGAUGUUAGGAUGAUAUCUGCUGAAGCACCAGUCGUAUUUGCCCGUGCCUGUGAGAUGUUCAUACUUGAAUUGACACUGCGUGCAUGGAACCACACUGAGGAGAACAAAAGGAGGACGCUGCAGAAAAAUGAUAUCGCUGCAGCCAUAACAAGGACUGACAUAUUUGAUUUCUUAGUUGACAUUGUCCCAAGAGAGGACUUGAAAGAUGAGGUGCUUGCAACAAUUCCUAGAGGAACGCUUCCUGUUGGAGGCCCAACUGAGGGUCUGCCAUUCUAUUAUGGCAUGCCACCACAAUCUGCUCAACCGAUUGGAGCUCCAGGGAUGUACAUGGGAAAGCCUGUUGAUCAAGCACUUUAUGCCCAGCAGCCCCGCCCAUAUAUGGCACAGCCAAUUUGGCCCCAGCAGCAACAACCACCCUCAGAUUCUUAAGCAGCUCAAAGCUUAGAUUACAGGAAUCCAGAAGCUAGGAACAGUGAGUAGUCUGAGUAGCGAAGUACUGGAGAACACAUUACACCGAUAGCAGUCUGCAUACUUUGAACUUUAUUUUUAAUAUAUAUCGACAUGAAGCACUAGUUAUUAAAAGUUCAGUGUUCCCUUAGUAUAGCUAAAACUUCACAUCAUGAGCUUGAUGUUCUUGGUGAUGUUUAUGAACAAAUAUGUUUUUAAGUGUGAUUUUAAAGUAAAACCUGUUGUAGGUUUCUUAUUUGUUUAAAA